AUGGGUGGACCUUCAAAUGUUGUGCCGGAAAUCGACAUCACACCGGCCACCUUUGCACCACCACCGCAUCCGAUGGGUUUCGAAAACCCAAUCCUUACUUACCCAGAUACGACUAGGUAUAACCCGUUCGAGCCACAAGCUCCUACAUGUUAUAACUACCAACCGCCUGCUUACGACCCAUACAAAGCAGUCAACUAUAAUGCUCUUUAUCCUUCACCUUUCCCACCUGCAUACCUAACUGGGUAUCCUGCGUAUGGGUAUCAAUACCCUUCAUCACAAUCACUGCCACAACCUCAACCUCCACCUCAACAACAACAACCACCCCAACCACAACAAUUAGAAAUUUCACAGAGGGUGCAAAAUACUGAACGUAAGGUGGAAAGAGGUGAGGAAAAGACUCAUAAGUUUCUUAAGGGUCUUGCAAAAUUCAUCAAGGGAAAGAAGAAUGACGAUUGA